AAUACCCAGUUGAACUUAAAGCAAUCAUACGAUUAAUGAUAAAUGCCUCAGCGACGUCCAUUUAAUGGCGCUAUAAAACGUACACAAAACCGUCGGACAUGUUCAUUACAUACUCGGACCUCGCAGACUGAACACAAGUUUUAUAAUUCCAUAAAUAAGUGCAGUGAUGGCGCCAAUUAACGUGACCGAUAUAAACGAGAAUAAGGCUUAUGUGCCCGCGAAGAAAGCUCUGCCAGAAGUGGAAACAGAGAGCGCCAAUGGAAAUGAAAAGUGUAAAGGGUAUUCAUAUGAAACAUUAUUGGAAACAGCGAACUUUCUCCUCUCACGCAUCACAAUCCAGCCGCGCAUUGGCAUCAUAUGCGGCUCUGGGAUGGGUUCCUUAGCAGAAAGUAUCCAGGACGGAGUAUGUAUUCCAUACGAAGAUAUACCAAAUUUUCCAGUAAGCACAGUUGAAGGACACCAUGGUAGAUUGGUUUUUGGUAAAAUUGAGGGUGCACCAGUAGUAGCCAUGCAAGGACGAUUCCAUUACUAUGAAGGAUAUCCACUAUGGAAGUGUUGUCUGCCUGUACGUGUGAUGAAAUUAAUUGGAGUAAAAACAUUAAUUGCCACAAAUGCCGCCGGUGGAUUGAACCCAGAUUACAAGAUUGGUGAUCUGAUGAUUGUUAAGGACCACAUAAACAUGAUGGGUUUCGCCGGGAACAAUCCCUUACACGGCCCCAACGAUGAGAGAUUUGGACCACGUUUCCCACCGAUGAACAAAGCUUACAACUACGAACAUAGAAAGAUUGCUAAGGAGGUGGCUAAAGAACUGAACAUUAAUAACAUGGUACGGGAGGGCGUUUACACUUGUCUGGGAGGACCCAACUUUGAAACUGUCGCUGAACUGAAAAUGUUAAAGAUGGUCGGCGUGGAUGCAGUUGGAAUGUCUACCGUACAUGAGGUGAUCACGGCCCGCCAUUGUGACAUGAAAGUGUUCGGUUUAUCCCUCAUCACGAACGAGUGCGUCACUAGUUACGACCACGAUAUGGAAGCGAACCACGAAGAAGUGCUAGACGUUGGACGCAUGCGCCAAGACAUACUGAGAAAAUACGUCUCUAGACUCGUCGACAGAUUCUCACAAAUAGAACCUGAAUCGCCAUGAAAUUCCUAUGUUUGACCAAAGAAACUCCAUAUCAAUGUGUACUUUCGCCCGCUUUGAUGUAAACGGCGAUUUUAUACGUUACAGUAACCACAAUAGAUAUGAUCUAUCUUUUUUUUAUAUAAUUUAUUAUGUAUCGCAAUGUAAUCAAAUUUUAUAUUUUUAACUCGAUCGACUCGCAUAUUGAAGCAGUUUCCAUGAAAUAUAAAUAAAAACACCAACAACGAUAAUAUUGCUGCUAAUGCGCCGCAACAAGUAAUACAUUUCUAUUUUGCAAACAUGAUAAUGUAACAAAUUAUAAUGUUAUGUUCGUCUCUAUACUACUGAUAUGUAAAUUACUGUUAGAAAAGAAAUCUACAAAUAUAUUUUUUCAUAUUUAUAUUAUCCUUAAAUGUACGUAAUUUAUUAAACACUCAUUAAUUUAUCUGCAUAGUUGGCUAUAGCUUUAGUAAAAUUUGUAUGUUAUAUAUUUUUAUCUUAAUAAGGUAUAAUACCCAUCUAUGGGAUAACAUUUUUAAGAUUUUGAGCAUUGUUGCCUAAACAUAUGAUCAAUUUAUCUUAACUUUAAGCAAUAAGAAACUUACUUGAAAUUGUUAUUUAGUUAAUGAGAAAGUACUUAUAUUGUAGUUUUAUAAAAUAAUAUUAAAUACUGGUAUUUAGCCAAUUCUAUAUGUUGGAAAAUAUACUGCUGUGUUAUAUUAAUUAAA